UUUGCAUUCCCUCCACAAGCAAACCAAUCAAUUCAAUAGCUGCAAUGGCUACUACCCCAUCUCUACCAAUAACUCAAUUUUCUCCCACAAAACUUGAUGGAAACACAAACGCAUUUUCCCAAAGAAUUGACACUACUAACCCACUUUCUCUGCUACCCAAAUGCACCUCUCUUAGAGAGCUCAAGCAAAUCCAAGCCUUUACCAUCAAAACCCACCUUCUAAAUGACCUCAAUGUCGUAACAAAACUCAUAAAUUUCUGUACCCAGCACCCGACUACCUCAUCAAUGGACCAUGCCCAACACCUGUUUGACGGAAUUUCGGAACCAGACAUUGCUCUGUUUAACACCAUGGCUCGCGGUUAUUCCCGCUCCAAAACACCAUUUCGAGCAAUUUGUCUCUUUGUUCAAGUUUUGAACUCUGGUCUUUUUCCUGAUGACUAUACAUUUCCAUCUUUGCUUAAGUCAUGUGCGAGCAUGGGCGCUAAAGCAUUGCAAGAAGGUAAACAAUUGCAUUGUUUUGCUAUCAAAUUUGGGCUGAAUAAUAACGUAUAUGUGUGUCCUACACUUAUCAAUAUGUAUGCGGAGUGUAAUGAUGUGGAUGCUGCUAGGCGGGUUUUUGAUAAGAUAUCAGAACCGUGUGUUGUGUCAUAUAAUGCAAUAAUCACUGGUUAUGCUCGAACUAGUAGGCCAAAUGAGGCAUUAUCGCUGUUUCGCGAAUUGCAAGAGAGAAAUAUUAAGCCUACAGAUGUUACUAUGCUUAGUGCUUUAUCAUCUUGUGCUUUGUUAGGAGCAUUGGAUUUAGGGAAGUGGAUACAUGAAUAUAUUAAGAAAUACAGGUUUGAUAAGUAUGUUAAAGUGAAUACUGCUCUUAUAGAUAUGUAUGCAAAGUGUGGGAGCUUGGAUGAUGCUGUUUCUAUCUUUAAUAACAUGAGUGUGAGAGAUACACAAGCUUGGUCGGCAAUGGUUGUGGCAUAUGCAACUCAUGGGCAGGGUUACAAAGCCAUAUCGAUGUUUGAGGAAAUGAAAAAGGCACAAUUAAGUCCUGAUGAUAUUACAUUUUUGGGUCUUUUGUAUGCUUGCAGUCACACUGGAUUAGUGGAAGAAGGUUGCAGGUAUUUUUAUAGUAUGAGGGACAAGUAUGGGAUUAUUCCUGGGAUCAAGCAUUAUGGAUGUAUGGUGGAUUUACUUGGUCGAGCAGGACGUUUAGAUGAGGCUUAUAGGUUAAUUGAUGAAUUACCUAUCACGCCCACCCCAAUACUGUGGCGAACCUUGUUAUCAGCUUGUAGUAGCCAUGGGAAUCUAGAACUGGCAAAGCAGGUUAUAGAAAGAAUCUUUGAACUAGACAACUCUCAUGGUGGAGAUUAUGUGAUCUUAUCAAACUUGUGUGCAAGAGCUGGGAGUUGGGAAGAUGUGGAUUUCUUCAGGAAGCUGAUGAGGGAUAGAGGUGCUGUGAAAGUCCCUGGCUGUAGUUCCAUAGAGAUAAACAAUGUAGUUCAUGAGUUCUUCUCUGGGGAUGGGGUGCAUUCUGUUUCCACAGAUCUGCACAGAGCACUUGAUGAGUUGGUUAAAGAAUUGAAGAUGGUUGGAUAUGUACCGGAUACUUCUCUAGUCUAUCAUGGGGAUAUGGAAGAUGAAGAGAAAGAAAUUACACUUAGAUAUCAUAGUGAAAAGCUGGCUAUUGCUUUUGGUCUCCUAAACACUCCACCUGGAACAACAAUUCGUGUGGUGAAGAACCUAAGGGUGUGUGGCGAUUGCCAUUCUGCUGCUAAACUUAUAUCAUUAAUUUUUGAUAGGCAGAUAAUCCUGAGAGAUGUCCAACGAUUCCAUCAUUUCAAAGGUGGGAAGUGCUCUUGUGGGGACUUUUGGUAAUAAAAUUGAUUGAACUUAAAUCAUCAGAAUCAUAACAGAGAAGUGCAUACCUUGUGUCUUGUGACUAUUUUCACCCCAAGAAUUAUUGGAGGGGUUGUUGCAGAGAUUUCAUUGCAUCAAGAGCCCACACUUGUGUCCCUUAUCAUGCGAGAGAGCAGAGAUGGAGUAGGUAAAAUCUUGACAAACAACCCCACUUAGUAUAUCAUGUAAUUUACUGGGAUAGAGUAAGUAUAAAUCAAUGGCUUUAAAUGUCGAAAUACUUUCAUGAUGUAAAGAAAGAAAUUUUGUUUUUCCUUGUAUCUUUGACUGUUUGAUCAUAGUCUACAUGUAAAUGUAUAGUAUACUGUCAGAUCCU